AUGGCGCCACCGCGACGUCAGCGCGGCGUCAUCAUGGGCGAUCACGGCGUCACCGUGGUGGCAGCGUGGCACCGGCGCGGCGCCAUCGCGACGACGGCGUGGAUGAUCGCGGCGUCAUCGCGCUGCCCUCGCGGCGUCCCCGUGCCUCAGCUGCAGAAGGCGAAGGAGAAGCUGCGGCGCGGCGGCGGUGGCGGCGGCGCGGAGGAGGCGGCGCUGUGCAACCAGCUGGGAGAGCUCCUGGCCAGCCAUGGGCGCUACGCGGAGGCGCUGGAGGAGCACCGGCGCGAGCUGCGGCUGCUGGAGGCGGCGGGCGACGGGCUGGGCUGCGCCGUGGCGCACCGCAAGAUCGGCGAGCGCCUGGCCGAGCUGGGCAGCUACGAGGCGGCGCUGGAGCACCAGCGGCGGCACCUGGAGCUGGCGCGCGCCCUGGGGGACGCGGCGGAGCAGCAGCGCGCCUGGGCCACCAUCGGGCGCACGCACAUGUUCGUGGCCGAGAGCCGCGGCGGCGGCGGGGAGGAGGAGGCGGAGGGGGGGGAGGAGGUGACGGCGGCGCUGCGCGAGGCCGAGGGCGCCUUCCGCACCAGUUUGGCCAUCGUGGAGGAGAAACUGGAGGGAGCGGUGCCGCGCCGGGAGCUGGCGGCGAUGCGCACGCGGCUCUACCUCAACCUGGGGCUGGUGUACGACAGCCUGCGGGACGCGGGGCGCCGCGGGCGCUACCUGCAGCGCAGCGUCUUCGUGGCGGAGCGGGCGCGCCUGGACGAGGACCUGCAGCGCGCCUACUUCAACCUGGGCGCCAUCCACCUGCGGCAGGGCCAGCACCCCCAGGCCCUGCGCUGCCUCCAGCGCGCCCGCGACUGCGCCCGCCGCAUGCAGGACAAGGCGCUGGAGAGCGAGUGCUGCAGCAGCACGGCGCAGGUCCUGCUGAGCCUCGGAGACUUCGCGGCCGCCAAGCGCUCGCUGAGGACGGCGUACGCGCUGGGCUCGCGGCAGCCCCACCAGCGGCACCUCGUGCGCUCCAACCUGCGCUACGCCACCAAGGUGACGCGGCUGCAGGAGGCGCUGGAGGAGGCGGCGGGCGAGCCGGCGGCGGCGAUGGCGCUGUGCGAGCGGCUGGGGGACGUCUUCUCCAGGCACGGGGACUUCAGGAGGGCCCUGGAGCACUACCAGCGGCAGCUGAGCUACGCCGAGGCGCUGGGCCGCCCCGCGCCCGAGCUGGCCGCCAUCCACGUCUCGCUGGCCACCACCUUCGGCGACCUGCAGGAGCCCGCGCGCGCCGAGCACCACUACCGGCAGGAGCUGGCGCUGCACCGCGGCGACGCCCUGGAGGAGGGGAGGACGUGGCUGAGCAUUGCGCUGGCCAAGGAGGAGGCGGGCGAGCCCCGCGCCGAGCUGGAGGCCUGCCUCGGGACGGCGCUGGAGCGGGCGGAGGCGGCGGGCGAGCUGCGGCUGCAGCGUCAGGUCCUGCGGCACCUCCACGCGCUGCAGCAGCGGGCCGGCAGCGCCGAGGCCGCCGACACCAUGGCGAGGCUGCAGGGUCUGCCGGGGGGCGAGGAAGAGGAGGAGGAGGAAGAGCAGGAGAGCAGCGAGGCCCCUGAGGAGGAGAGCGACCUGGAGCUGUCGGAGAGCGGUGAGGGGCGCCCGGGGGUUCCCUGGAAGGGGGAGGACGACGAGCUCGACGGCUACACCAAGAGCGUCCCCGGCCGCCGGCGCAUCUGCAAGUGGAACCGCCGCAACGACCGGGGCGAGACCCCGCUGCACCGCGCCUGCAUCGAGGGCGACCUGCGGCGGGUGCAGCUCUACCUUAAGCAGGGGCACCCCCUGAACCCCCGCGACUACUGCGGCUGGACCCCGCUGCACGAAGCCUGCAACCACGGGCACCUGGAGAUCGUGCGGCUGCUGCUGGACCGGGGGGCGGCCGUGGACGACCAGGGGGGGCCGGGCUGCGAGGGCAUCACCCCCCUGCACGACGCGCUGGGCUGCGGCCACUUCGAGGUGGCCGAGCUGCUGGUGCAGCGCGGGGCCUCGCUGGCCGCCCGGAACGCCAAGGGCCUGACGCCGCUGGGGACGCUGGAGGAGUGGAUCGGGCUCUACGGCAAGGAGCUGGACCAGGAGACGUGGCAGCGGUGCCGGGCCAUGGAGCGCCUGCUCAAGGAGACGGCGGGCGGCGCGCCCGCCGCCCCCCGGGACUCGCAGCUCUUCGACGCCGAGCUCUCGGAGCCCCUCAUCGCGGGCGGCGAGGACGCGGCGGGGGCGCAGCCGGAGCCGGGGGACCCCGACACGUCCCCGGCCAUGUCCCCGCUGCGGCCGGCGCGGAAGCGGCCGCGGGGAGCGGAGGCAGCGGCGCCGGACCCGGCCGCCCCCGCCGGGGGCCAGGCUGAGUACGAAGCCGCCAUCCGCGGCCUGGGCAGCACCAGGUCCCUCCCGGUCCCCGUCCCCGUCCCCGUCCCCACGGCGUCCCCGCGGCCGGCGCUGAUCCCGGCCGAGGAGUACGUGGAGGACUGGCUGGAGGACGACCUGGCGGCGGCGGUGGCGGCGGCGCGAGGGGCGCGGAAGCGCUCGCGCCGGGAGCCGGGGGACGGAGCCGGGGAGCCCGGUGCCGCGCGGCGCCGCCAGAACCGCCCCCCGCCCCCUGGCCCUGCCCUGCCGCCCCCCAUCCGAGUGCGGGUCCGGGUGCAGGACAACGUCUUCCUCAUCCCUGUGCCCCACGCGGCAGCGACGGCCGCUGCCGUGGGCUGGCUGGCGGCGCAGGCGGCCGAGCGCUACUACCAGGCGUGCGGGCUGCUGCCGCGCCUCACCCUGACCAAGGAGGGGGCCCUGCUGGCCCCCCAGGACCUGGUGGGGGACGUGCUGCAGAGCAACGAGGAGGUGCUGGCCGAGGUGCAGUGCUGGGACCUGCCGCCCCUGGCCGAGCGCUACCGCAAGGCGUGCCGGAGCCUGGCCCUGGGUGAGGAGCAGCUGCUGCUGAAGGCGACGGAGCUGCAGGAGCAGAGCCCCGCGUUCAGCGCCGGGGGCCUGGCCCCGCGCCCCCCCCAGCUCCCGCCGCUGCUGCGGGCGCUGAAGCUGCAGGCGCCCCUGCGGCAGCUGCGCCUGGGGGGCUGCGGGCUGGCCGACGGGCACGGCGCCGAGCUCAGCGCCGCGCUCAGCACCCUGCCCGGCCUCGUCCUCCUCGACCUCUCCGGCAACCGGCUCGGCGCCCGGGGGCUGCAGCACCUCGCCGAGCCCGGCCCCGGUCCCCGCCGCCGGCAGAGCCUGGAGGAGCUGGACCUGAGCCUGAACCCGCUGGGCGACGCCGGCUGCCGGCCGCUGGCGCUGCUGCUGCGCGCCUGCCCCGCGCUCACCGCGCUGCGCCUGCGCGCCUGCGGCUUCGCCGACGGCUUCUCCCGGCACUGCCGCCUCGGGCUGAGCGACGCCCUGGCAGGAGCGUCGCAGCUGCGGGCGCUGGCGCUGUCCUGCAACGCGUUGGGCGCAGCGGGGCUGGAGCCGCUCCUGCGCGGCCUCCCCGCCGGCACGCUCGGGCACCUGGACAUCGGCUCCGUGGCGGGGCCGGACCCCCGGCCCCUCGCCGCCGCCGUCGGCAGCUUCCUGGAGCGGGGCGGCUGCGCGCUCGCGCACCUCGCGCUGUCCGGGAACGGCUUGGACGACGCGGCCGUCGCCGAGGUGGCCAGGCGCCUCCCCGCCUGCCCCUCCCUGGUCUCGCUGGACCUCUCGGCCAACCCCGGCAUCAGCGCCGUGGGCCUGCGGACGCUGCUGUCGGCGCUGGGCGAGCGGAGCCAGGGGCUGCGGUACCUCAGCCUGGCAGGCUGCUCCGUGGAGGGGCCCCUGGACGGCACCACCUGGGCCAGGGCGGCCGCCGGCGUGCGGGACCUGCGGCUCUGCGGCCGCGGCGUGAGCCGGCGCGACCAGCGGGACGCGGGGCAGGCCUGGCGCGGGCCCCCCGGCACCGGCCUCUGCGCCGUCACGCGCCACCGCAAGCUCUUCUGUACCAGCCUCUGAGCGCCCGGCACCACCGCCCUCGGAGCCGUGACGUCGCGAUACGGGGACGUUGGGACUUGGGGGGUGCCACCGUGUGUGGACGUGGCCUCUGCACCCAGCCGCGUGCUGGUGGCCGUGGGAACGAGGACCAAGUCCUUCUGUCCCUUUUACGUACCCGUCCCCGUGCCACCACCAGGAGGUGGCACCAAGGGACAGCGCCACGAGGACGCGCGCCCGACUUGGGGCCGCCGCGCUCGCGGGUGGUUUUAGCCUCGUUGAGGACAUUAUAUGGUAUUUAUGAGCGUG